AUUACACAGUCUUAUACUUGACACCGUCGUACACCGUCGCAGGGAUGAGUGAACGAGUAGCGGUCGUCACCGGUGCCAACAAGGGCAUCGGGUUCGCGAUCGUCAAGGCUCUCUGUAAAAGAUUUGAGGGCGUUGUGUAUCUAACCUCUCGAGACGAAACCCGAGGACGGACAGCGGUUGAAGAGUUGAACAAGUUGGAUCUCCAACCGAGAUAUCAUCAGCUCGAUAUCACAGAUGUACAGAGUGUGUCGCGGUUCAGAGAUCACAUAAAGCGGUCACAUGGUGGACUCGAUAUCCUCAUCAAUAACGCAGCCGUCGCGAACUGUUCAGACCCCUACACCACCUAUGAAGAAAAUAAAUAUAUUGUAGAUAUAAAUUACAAAAGUAUUCUUAUACUUCAGGAUCUCCUGUUUCCACUCAUUCGUGAUAACGGAAGAAUCGUGAACAUAUCCAGCGACUGUGGUCACCUGUCAAACAUCAGAAACAAAAAAUGGAUUCAAAGACUAUCCAAGAAAAAUUUGAAUGUUGACGACAUUAACGAAUUUGUUGAUUGGUUCCUCGAGAACUGCAGAAAUGGCACGUUUAAGAAAGAGGACUUUGCAGAUGAAGGCACCAUGGCCGGUUACAGAGUGGCCAAGGUUGCCUUGAGUGCGAUAACUAUGCUACAGCAAAGGGAAAUGGAAGAAAGAAAUAUUUGUGUGAAUUCUAUGCACCCUGGGCUGGUGAGGACCUCUAUGACGAACGGAGUUGGCUUCUACAGCAUCGACGAAGCAGCGGAGACUCCGGUGUAUCUGGCCCUCGAUGCUCCCGACACGUUGAAAGGCGCCUAUGUGUGGUACGAUAAAAGAGUGCUAGACUGGUAUGAUUCUGAGGCAGACUAUUUCUUUAAGACAUCUACGUUACAAGUGAAAUAAUUACUACCUAUGUUUAUAAAGUAAAUACUUUUUAAGUUGCUUUCCUAUUCA